AGACUUUCAGUUGUAACAAAUUGACUGUCUAUUCGGCCAUCUCGCUUUUAAGAACAACUCUACCUCGGCUUCAACCUCUUCAUUUUUUCAUUCUGAAGUUUGACUCGGAACUGUUCCAUAACAAUUCCGAGUGAAGAGAGAGAACUUUGGCUAUGGCGAUUGUUCGAAACGUGUUAGCUGGGAGGAUCAUGGCAAGCAGGCCGAGCUCCAUGCUGAUUGCAGCAAGAUCCAUGUCCUCUUGGUGGCAGAGCGUCGAGCCCGCCGCCAAGGACCCCAUUCUUGGUGUUACGGAAGCUUACCUUGCUGAUCCUUCUCCCAGUAAGGUCAAUGUGGGAGUGGGCGCCUACCGCGAUGACAAUGGGAAACCCGUCGUUCUAGAAUGCGUAAGAGAAGCAGAGCGAAGGAUUGCCGGAAAUUUAAACAUGGAGUACCUUCCUAUGGGUGGGAGUCUGAAAAUGGUGGAAGAAACACUGAAGCUAGCCUAUGGGGAGAAUUCUCAUUUUAUCAAAGACAAAAGGGUAGCUGCAAUUCAAUCUCUUUCCGGGACUGGUGCAUGCCGAAUUUUUGCAGACUUUCAAAAACGUUUUCGUCCUGAUUCCCAGAUCUACAUACCAGUGCCAACCUGGGCCAACCACCACAACAUAUGGAGAGAUGCGCAGGUCCCUCAGAAGACUUUUCAUUACUAUCACCCUGCGACUAGGGGUUUGGACUUUGCAGCAUUGAUGGAUGACAUAAAGAAUGCCCCAAAUGGUUCAUUCUUUCUACUUCACGCCUGUGCUCAUAAUCCAACUGGAGUAGACCCUUCAGAGCAACAAUGGAGAGAGAUCUCCCAACUGUUCAAGGUUAAAGGUCAUUUUGCCUUCUUUGACAUGGCAUAUCAAGGUUUUGCCAGUGGUGAUCCAGAGAGAGAUGCUAAGUCUAUAAGGAUUUUUCUUGAGGAUGGCCAUCUAAUAGGAAUUGCCCAAUCAUAUGCCAAGAACAUGGGACUCUAUGGCCAGAGAGCAGGAUGCCUCAGUGUGCUGUGCGAAGAUGAAAAGCAAGCCGUGGCAGUAAAAAGUCAGUUGCAGCAACUAGCCAGACCCAUGUACAGCAAUCCACCUGUUCAUGGUGCACUCAUAGUUUCAACCAUCCUUGGAGAUCCUGACUUGAAAAAAUUAUGGCUCAAGGAAGUGAAGGUCAUGGCAGACCGUAUUAUUGGAAUGCGAACAGCUUUACGAGAAAACCUUGAGAAAUUGGGUUCACCAAUGUCCUGGGAACACAUCACCAAUCAGAUAGGCAUGUUUUGUUACAGUGGGAUGACACCUGAACAGGUCGAUCGAUUGACAAAUGAGUAUCAUAUCUAUAUGACUCGUAACGGUCGAAUCAGUAUGGCUGGUGUUACGACUGGUAACGUCGAGUAUCUGGCAAAUGCAAUCCACGAGGUGACAAAGUCAUCUUAAAUUCCUCAAUGGGGCCAGUUCGCAAAGGUGAAUAGAUUUUUGUUCACAUGGAUCUCUGAUGGAAGAACUAAUGAAAACGUUUUGUCUGUUAUCAUCUGCAUUUUCUCUGUUAAGAUUAUUUCCUCUUUAUUUUAGGGGAUGUAAAAUAUCUUUCGGACACAAUAAGGGAACCAUAACCAAUUUUGUUAAGAUGUCCUUCAGUUCCCCCUUUUCUAGUUAGACAAACAGGUGGGGAGCAAUAUUUAUGAUAAACAAGGGAUCUGUAGUUGGCAUACCAUCAUUUUUUUGCAACGGCGAGUCAGCACUUGUCAGUAACUAUUUUCUGUC